AUGUUCACUCAAUCACUGCGCUCCUCCUUCGCCUCGAACCUUCGAUUCCUCCCCCGUACCGCUCCCGCUCUUAGUCCGUCUCUCUAUAGACCUCACGUAUCUCGCACCAUACAUACGACCGCACGGAGGUUUGCACAGUAUGAGCGAUUCCCAUCUGGAUACUCGCCUUCACCUGGUCCCAACGGUCGAGGAGGACCGGAUAUCUGGCAGUACUUCAAACGAAGACUAGGUGGUGAUAGAGCAGUAUGGGUAUAUGGGAUAGGUGUGGGUGGUGCUGGUAUAUAUUACGUUACUCAUCUGGAGAGAGUGCCUGAAACCGGUAGAUUGAGAUUUAUGGAUGUUGGUGAAGCUCAAGAAAGAGAGCUCGGUCGUCAAACCCAACUACAAACACUCAGCGAGUAUUCUCAGGCUGUCUUACCUCCCAAUCAUCCUACGACGAAGCGAGUUCGAGCGGUAGCUACUCGUAUAAUCGAAUCAUCCGGAUUAGGAAGGGUCAAAUCGGGUGGUGAGAUGGGUGCGGUCGAGGGUAAAGUUCCCAACUUCGGUGGAGGAGAGGACAUAGGGGAAAUAUUAUUUGGUAGUGGUGAAGCUGGGCAAGAGGCAAAGGAAGGCAAAGAGACUGAAUGGGAGGUCUACGUAAUCGAUGACAGAAAGACGAAGAACGCAUUCGUCCUGCCCGGAGGCAAAAUAUUCGUUUUCACUGGUAUAUUACCAGUCUCAGCGAAUGAUAAUGGUCUAGCAACGGUUCUGGGACAUGAGGUAGCACAUCAGGUGGCUAGACAUCCAGCAGAAAGGAUGAGUUCGAUGAAGGUCUUGUUCGCACUGGGUUUCUUACUCGAAUCUUUAGGUUUGGAUGUUGGUAUUACCAGAUUACUCCUUACUUUUAUGUUACAAUUACCGAAUUCAAGGAAGAACGAAUCGGAAGCUGACUUCAUUGGAUUACGAUUAAUGUCGAAAGCAUGUUUCGACCCUAAUGAAUCUACCAAGAUGUGGCAAAGAAUGUCUGAAUCUGAAGAAGGACCCGGUCUACCGACCGAUUUCUUGUCUACACAUCCUGCAAAUCAGAAAAGGAUAAAGCAAUUGGAGAAAUGGAUGCCUGAGGCAUUAUCAAUCAGAGCUGCUAGUCCGUGCGGAGAUACUUCGUCAUAUUACUCUGGAUUUUUGGAUAGCUUGAAUCCCGCCAGUCCAUAUCAUAAAGGUAUUUGGUGA